GGUACUGAGCAAUGUCCCUUGAAUACACAAACGCUAGACUCAGUCAAAUUUGUGUCUUUCUUAUGAUAAAAUAUGCUUACAAACGAUUCAAGUACAACAUCAGCUGAUCAUAAAGAGAUGGGUACAUCAGAUAUUACAACUUUUGUCAAAAAUCUGGAAUCUUUUUGCGAAUGUACAAUAUGCUUUUGCAUUUAUGACGAAAAUGCACAUGUUCCCCGAAUUCUUCCUUGCAAUCAUACAUUUUGUUCCGAAUGUCUUUUGAAGCAUUCCUCUUGUAAGAAAAUAGUUUGCCCUUUAUGCAACCAAGAGCACGUUAUUAAAAACAAAGACAUCCUGAUUUUUCCAAAGGACAACAUGAGACGUGAGAUGAGAGAUUUGGUUCUCAUAUUCACUUCUGAAAGCUUGUGCAAUGAUUGUAAAAUAUACAUGAUGCAAGAAAGCAAUUUUCACCUCUGUACAUUUUGUAACAUUCGAUUUUGUAAUAUGUGCUUUGAAAAGAGGAAAACAAACGACGUCUGCCGAAACCACAAAUUUGAGUGUAAAAUCAAUUCUCAAUAUGAUAUUUGCCUUUUGGAGGGUCAUGAGAAAAACGACCUAAAAUUUUUCUGUAAGAAUGAAACAUGUGACAAGCCUAUUUGUGCCAAUUGCGUUGUCCAGGAUCACAUUGGGCAUAGGUAUACGAAGAUCAGCGAUGAAUGUGAAACUCUGCGGACGAAAAUGUACGAGAAAUGUCGAAAAAUAAAAAUUAAAAUAGGCGAAGCAAAAACAUGUUUAAUGAAAAUUCAGAAAUUACGUUCAGCUUUGUCAACCAAGGAAAAGAGUAGAAGGAAAAAAUUAGCAGCAACUGUAAGGAGAGGCGUUAAGUCUUUACAAGAAUUCGAAGAAAAUGAAAAGAAAAAGAUGUCUGAAAAUUUGAUAUCCAAAUUUAAAGCUUUAAUGAAAAGCCAAAAACAUUUAGAAGAAUUCAUUGAAUCAGAAUUACGUGCAGAAUUUCAAGAAUAUCAAGAAUUUGCAGCAUCAAUUUCAAGAAAUACCAAUAAAGAGCAAGAAUCGGAUAACAAAGGACAAAAUGGGAAUACACCAUACACCCAAGGAAGUAUAGAUAAAGUUAUUUUUUCGGAAAGGAAAAAGCAAAACAUGAAAAUCAAAUUAAUAGAAGAAGUUGAAAUUUUGAAGGAGUGCAGAGAGUUAGGUAUGCAAAUUUCCCAAAAGCUGUUGCGUGUAUAUAAUCUAACCAUUAUUAGGAAAAGUUCCUAUUUAACCCAAAUGUUAACCAACAAAAAAAGAUUUGCAGAAACUAUCAGGAAAGAAAUAAGACUUUUACUCGAUUACGAAAGGAAUGUUAAUAAGAAGAAAGCCGAAAGACUAAAUUCUAAUAUAAGCAGACUCACGAAAAGGAGAGAAAUUUUAGAAAAUUUUAUCGACAAUGCAUUGGAAUGCUGCUCCAUUUCUGAGCGCACCUUGUCUGUGGGGAAAAAUAUCAGUUUAUAUAACUUACUGGUUCAAAAAUUAGACAGUUUCCUGAAGACAGACACUGAUCGUAUGAUUGGAGACUUACCACUUAGCCAAAAAUCAGAAAUGGAAGAGGAUAUUGAAUAUGUACAAUGCAAGAUUUCUCAUGUCAAGGAGAAAAUUAUUUUUGGUUUCGCUCCUCAGUCGAAGUCUAUGGGUGAAAAUCCACAGAAUAUGCGCAGAACGCAAUGCGAAUCUGAUGAGGACAAUUCCUGCCACAAACCAGUUGCUAUUACUACAUGUACAAUUCAACUCGCAAUUGGAAUAUUAGUUGCGUAUACAUGUAUGUGUAUAUUUGUACUUGGUAGAUGGUGACAAUAUACAGUUAUGGACUGUUUAGAAGGGAGACAUCACCAAUUAUCAAGUCUGAGUUGGGUUGUCACCCGAGGUUGCUUUCGCGUGAGGGUGACAACCCUACUCUAACCGCAAAUAAUAAUUUUUUUUAUCCUGAAGAAUCUAAAUUAUCAAAUUACAUGUAGAUAGAGUAGAAAAUAGUAAUUAACCAACACUCUUGAGUUCUCCUACUCUACUCUGAUUCCAUGAAUUUAUCGAAUUAGCCUUGCUUCAGAUUUUACCUUUUUGCCACUUUUAACAAACAGAAAAUCCUCAUCUGUCCAUCAUUCAACGCGUGAUAUCACCUUUUCGAAAUAGUUAUCUCACCAAUUUGAGAUAAAAAGACAAUAUCAUUAAUUCGAGUUGAAAAUGUAUUAUCACAUUUUUCGUUUGAAAUAAGGUAUCAUACCGUAUUAAUUUUGAAUUCCUGGAAUCUCUUAACGCAUUUCAUACAACUUCAUAUGAUUAUUGCUUCCUUUCUCAAGACGCUAGAUUGUUUUGAUGCAAAAGAAAAGAAUAAAAUUUUAAAGCGCUUUCAUUCAGUAAUCUUUAUGCCCCUGGAUCGAAAGAUCCCGG